AUGUCUGGAGAUGAACUUCAUGUUAUUGUCAUCGGCGCGGGUAUAACCGGGUUGCUUAUCUGCCAAGCUCUCAAAAAAGCUGGAAUUCGAUAUUCAAUAUUUGAACGGGACGUAGCAUUGAACUACCGCAGCAAUGAAUGGACCAUGGCAAUCCACUGGGCACUUCCUCUGCUGGAUGAGAUUCUGCCAGGCGAAGUGCGGGAGAAGCUUCCGACAAUAGCUUGCAACCCGGUUGCCGGCAUUCAUUCAGGCCUAUAUCCCAUCAUUCACGGCGAGACCGGGGACUUGAUAACGGGGGUACCAUAUAAAGAUGGGCUGCGAGUUCCACGAAGCCGGAUGCGUGAGCUAUGUGCUGAGGGAAUCGACGUUCAGUACGGAAAGUGCCUUGUUGAUGUUGCUUUCAAUGAGAGUGGCAAGGGAGUGAUAGCCGCUUUCUCCGAUGGUACACUGGUGUCGGGAUCUAUCAUUGUUGGCGCGGAUGGAUCACGUUCACGAGUGCGGGAAACAGCAAUGCGUGAUCCAGAAAAGGCUUCUGUCACCAAAUUCCCCAUCUUCCAUACGAACAUGACGGUAUGCUAUAAUGACGCGGAGAAGGCAAAGUACGUCCGCGAAAGAUAUCCCACUAGCUAUCUCGCGCUGAGCGAGAAGUGCUUCCAUGCAUUCCAAUCCAUAUCAAGCAUGCCAGACGGGCCUGACCACCCGGAGUCUUGGGUUUUCCACAUGGCAAUGGCAUGGUUGGGGGACUCUGACAAUACAAUGGGUUACCCAGAGCGCCUCGCAUUGAUCAAAGCUCGCGCCGAGGGAAUGGGUGAGCCUGCUCGUUCGGCGUUCCUCUGGAUGCCAGAUGACACUGAAGUUCACAAGGCGGAUAUCAGCUACUGGAUUAGCCAACCGUGGGAUAAUAGACACGGCCGUCUGACCCUCGUUGGAGACGCAGCACACCCCAUGCCACCAUACCGCGGGCAGGGGCUCAAUCACUGCAUCUGUGAUGUUUCCCAUCUUUUGGCUGCACUACUUUCCGUCUGCCAGGGAACGAACGCGCUGGAAGAUGCUAUUAGGGCUUACGAGGCGGAGAUGAUUCCGCGAGGGAAGGAAGAGGUCUCCUGCUCGGUGGAAAAUGGCCUAAUGCUUCAUGACUGGAACAAGAUCCAGGAGAGUCCAGUGUUCCGUCGUGGAUUCAAACCCAUGGAUGGUCACAGUGCCGUUCAGGAAAAAGCAGAAGUUACAAGCUCCUAG